AGAUAUUAACUUGCAUCCCCAUAUUGAUUAGUAAAAAUCUCAAAGUAAACAUUCAUUAGGAAAGUAUUUGGAGAGAGCAAUUAGUAAGAAACUAAGAAUCCCAAAACAAAAUAGUAAUGAUGUAGAAGAACAAAUUGCGCCCCUUUACGAUGGACCUGAUCCCGGUUUGUAAUUAUAGCCAGCCACGGCCCACGGGCCCUUUGCCAGCGAAAGCCCACGGGCGAGGAAGUGACUGAAAUGAUUUCCCCGUUUUAAUUAAUUAAUUAAAUUUUCACCUUUUAUUAUAUUUCCACUCCAUAAACAUUCGCCAAUCGUCGCCAGUCAGUCCUCCCUGUCGCCGUCGCUCCUUGGUCGGAUAUCUCAUAGCGCCCCCUUUUGUUUUCGUCUCUUCUGUUUCAGUCCUUUCCAGUCUCCACUUCUUCAAUUCUCCCUUUCGCCAAAACGCCGCCCAGAUGGCGAGAUAACGAAUCGUCCCCGCCACAAGAAUACUGCACUGAUCGCCGUCUCUUUCAGGAGGAUACUCGAGCAGUUCCUUUCUUCUUCAGAAUCCAGUCCCAAGAUGUGGUUACUGAGCAGCCGUAGCUCAACAAAGAAUGGUAUCUAAAGGGGACUUGAUUGCUAUUGGAGUCUCUGUAGGGUUGGGGCUUGGUGUAGUCAUAGCAGUGCUUCUGUUCAUCUUUGUGAGGUGGCAGAAGAAGCGGGCUGACCUUCACGGCCGAAGUUUAGCAGCCAGUGAGCAGCGGAGUCCGACUUCGUCUGCACCCAUACGAGUCAAUGGCGUGGACGCAUCGACUGAUUUCAGCGCCUCGAUAACAAUACGCGAGCCUCAGCUCGCUCACAAGGUUCCUAGCCCUCAUUCAUCUUGGUGGGGUCGGCCCAGCAAAGACCAUUUCGUCUCGGCUUCUGGGGUGAUUGGAUACUCUUACAAGGAUAUCCAGAAAGCAACACAGAAUUUCACGACAACAGUGGGGCAGGGUUCAUUCGGGGUGGUGUAUAAGGCGGUCCUGAAUUCCGGAGACACUUAUGCUGUGAAAGUCCUUGCCUCGGAUUCCAGGCAGGGGGGGAAGGAGUUCCAGACAGAGGUUUGUCUUCUUGGGAGGCUGCAUCACCGGAAUCUAGUGAAUCUGAUUGGAUACUGUGUAGAUAGGGGGCAACGAAUGCUGAUCUAUGAGUUCAUGAGCAAUGGCAGCCUGGCAAACCUUUUAUACAAUAAUGAUGCAAUCAUUCUGAGCUGGGAAGACAGGGUCCAAAUCGCUCUGGAUAUUUCACAUGGCAUUGAGUAUCUUCAUGAAGGGGUAAGCUUCAUCAUCUUUCUAUAGUUCAAUGAAGGAACUUGUGGUCUCAUUGAUCCCUCCUUUCAACACAGGCUGUUCCACCUGUUAUACAUCGCGAUUUGAAGUCUGCUAACAUAUUGUUGGACCUAUCAAUGAGAGCUAAGGUGGCUGAUUUCGGUCUGUCCAAGGAAGAUGCAUUUGACGAACAGAACUCCGGCCUCAAGGGAACUUAUGGCUACAUAGACCCAGUGUAUAUAGCAACAAACAGGUUCACUACGAAGAGCGACAUCUACAGUUUUGGUGUUAUCAUCUUUGAACUUAUUACUGGCAUCCAUCCCCAUCAGAACCUCAUGGAAUACAUCAAUCUUGCUGCAAUGAGUUCAGAUGGGGUCGAUGAAAUAAUCGACGAGAAACUUGCGGGUAAAUGCGAGAUUCAAGAGGUGAGGGAGCUAGCAAAAAUUGGUCACAGAUGCUUGCAUAAAUUCCAAAGAAAGCGGCCAACAAUAGGUGAAGUUUCACAGGGUAUAUUGAAGAUAAAACAGCGUCGCCAUGUCAGGCAAGAUACCAUGUCCUCACAAGCAAGUUUCUCGAGAGUUCUAAGCAGGAUACAGAGUCAACAUAUAGAAUUGAGUAGAAUAGCCAGCAUGAAAGAGGGUGAUCCAUAGUCUUAACUUUUUCCUAGAUUUUUUUUUUUUUUUUGUGGCUUUCCUUCUCUUCUCCCACUUCUUUUCUGGUUUUCCCAAAAUUUUGUGCUAUUUCAAGGUCUCCACUUAUUUACUUCAUAACUGAGGCCAGACAGAGUAUAUACUAUACCCUCUACUCAUUUUUGCUAACUCAUUGAAAGUUUCAUCGUGUUCAAAUUUAAGAAUACAAAAUGUCUAGAUCAGUAC